CACAGAGCACGUUCAGCUGUGGCGUACAGGCGAGACCGAAGCCGAAUCAGAGAGGCCACCGAUGAGCAUAUUUCAGAGAGAGCGGGAACGUACCAGAGAGUUGUGAAUGUUGUCGAGAGGAGGACUGCUGUGACAAGACCGGAGCAAGAAUAUGACAGAGAAUUUGAAUAUGAAACCAAGCGGUAUGGUGGCGUUCAAAGUUACCAUGAUGAUGACCAGAUAGGAUACCCUAGCAACAACAUUCACACAGGAAGUGAUCGUGGAUACCAUGGUGACGUGGUAGGGAGCAUCCGAGGGAGGAGCUCCCCAUCUCCCCGACAGGAGGACUACAGGGAUCCAUACUACAGGGGAUCCAGAGUUGAUUCUCAGAUGGGCCGUCAAGGAGGGAUGAGGAACAGCAGCAGAGUGGGCUCCCAUCCCAGCAGCAGAGUUCAAAUGAUAGCUCCUCUCUCGAGGACCAUGUCUCCAGCCUACCCCAACUUGAGGGAGAACCCUGAGGGUAUGAGGCGGAGAGUCCUGGGCCCCUACCCUGCAAGCCCUGCCGGGGACUCCUACACCAGAUUACGGGACCGCUCUCCUAUCAGAAGGGAUACUCCACCAAUAACGGGCUCCGUUCUCAUGCGCUCCGGGUCCAACACCAGCAGAAGGAGCUACUCCCCAGACAGGGACCAGGCUGGCUUCCCCUACCAUCAGAAGAGGUAUAAAGAAGAGCCUCACAGCCAGUGCAGAGAGCCCGAUAAGCCCAGGUUGCUAGGCCACACAAAGACUGCCUCCAUAGACGGUUCUCCACACAGCGCUGUCUCAAUCAAGGAGGAACUUGACCCCACCCCAGCCCUGCUAGCAGAGCCUGAGGACACAGUGCCGGCCAAGGAUGAGACCGACCAGACACAGAAGGCCAACUUCAAGACACGGCGGUCUCAAGCCAUCGCAGCUAAAGCCCUCGAAAUUGAGAAGCUAUACAAGCAGGACUGCGAGACGUUUGGAACGGUUGUCAAAAUGCUGGUGGUCAAGGAGCCCAGUCUGGAGAAGCUGCUCCAGAACCCUCUGAAGGACAACCUGAUUGAGAUCAGGGAGCUUUGCCUUGACGACCUCCGACACUUUAUCAUAGAGCUGGACCAGGUCAUGAAGCCAGAACCGUCAACAUGAGGGGGAACCACAAAGCCCUUAUUACGUGCAGGUAUUGAUGGACCAGAGGUGGCGUUUGUGUGGUGGCAUAGAAGACUGUGAGAGGAGGCAACCUAGUGUGGCAUCCUCUCCACACUGUGAUUAAGAAGAAAUCAUAUUCAUAGAAAAAAAAUGGUACCCCUUUUUUCUCCCCAAUUUCGUAAUAUUCAAUUGAUA